UUUUCUGCAUCCAUCCCAGCAGAAAGCAGCGUUUCCUCGAUUCAUUCUCACCCAGCAGCUCAAGUCCGCUAGACUGACCUACUGGACCGAAGAAAAGUCCACUUUUCCACCCGAACCUCUCUUUACGCGAAUGAGAACAAAUCGGAGCCUUUUGCUUUUUCGAGCCGGAAAUCUGCAAGUCAGAAAUUUACCUCAUUACCCAUGUUAGCGAACAAAGCGGGAGAGAAAUUUUGUAUUUUUUAAAGAAUUCGGUAACAAGUUGCGAAAUUUGAUUGAAAUGAGUGACGGCGAUUGAUUGCUCGAACGAUCGCUUAGGUUGUUUUUCAAAAAAACCAGAAAGGAUAUUAACGAAAGAUCAUCAUUUCUUCUUCAUACUUAGGCUGGAAGUAUCUUGGAAGAUGCCAUUUCAUUCUCUCAAAUAUGCCAUAGUAGUGUUCUAUACCUUGGAUUUCAUUCUCUGUCAAAAUGAAGAAAAUUUGUUCCAGUGCGACUGCAUGGAAUAUUGGGAGUGCGUGGGACAAGGCGGCACUCCUUACUCUUACUGUGCCUACACCCACAAAGUAUGUUGUUUCGUCGAAUCAGAGGAUCUGACGGUCGGGAUCUUGCCGAGGAAGGGCAAGCUCGCCUCUUGCGGGCAGAAGGGGACAGACAGCGGCAAGGAUGGCGUUUCUGAAUCUGGAGAAUGGUCUUGGCAUGCUGCCAUUCUGGAGAAAUCGUUGGAGCUCUACGUAUGCGGUGGCUCUUUAGUGGACGAAUACUGGGUCUUGACUGCAGCACACUGUGUCGACGAUUAUUCGUCGUCUCGUUUUUUAAAAGUGCGACUGGGCGAACAUGACGUGUCCACUUCCACCGAGCGCUAUCCUCACGAAGAGUUUGAUGUAUCACAGAUUGUACUGCACCCUCGGUUCAACAACGAGACUUUGGAGAACGACAUCGCACUGGUUCGCCUCGCCACCCCCGUCAGACGAAAGCCUCACAUCAACAUCGUCUGCCUACCCGACACCAAAACCGAAGAAAGCGAACUGCUGGCUUCUUCCAGUUGCUAUAUAACAGGCUGGGGUAGGAGAACGGAAACCAGCAACCACUCAUUCGUCUUGAAAGAAGUGAACGUUCCUAUUUGGCGCCAAGACCGGUGCGAAGCGGCUCUGCAGUUGCAAUUUGGCACCGAAUUCACUUUGCCAGGUAGUUCCUUGUGCGCUGGCGCAGAAGGAAGAGACGCUUGUGACGGCGAUGGAGGAGGUCCUCUGGUGUGCCGCAAGAAAUCCAGGUGGUAUCAACUCGGCGUCAUAUCGUUUGGCAUAGGUUGCGGACGCAGGAAUACACCAGGAGUCUACACUCGAGUUCAGGCCUUCUCAUCGUGGAUUCACGAGGUUGCUUCCAGAUAUGUCACGUGAUAGGAACAUUGAAUAGCAGCCAAUCAACAGAUGAUAAAAAUACUAUAAACCUUUAUUGAUGUAACGUGUCAUCAACAUCGGUCUUGAUCGUAUAAGACGACGAAUCUUCAAUUCUACUAUAUCCGAGCUUUGGACUAUAUCUGCUAAGUGUUAUUCGACAUUGUUCAUCCCAACGGCGGAACGCUUUCUUAUUGGCCAUCUGUUUAUAUGGAACUAUUCAAUGAGCUAGCAAAUUCUUUGGUAUAUUUUUUAAAUAAAAAUAAAGAUUAUAUUAUUUGUGA